GCGAAAGAGGGGCCGGAAGUGGCUCAGUCACUUCCGGCAGAGGAAACUUAGCUGCUGCUUUAAGAGGUCUUGACAGGCGGGGUCUCUGCUUGUAGCUCUCUCCCUUUCGUCUUCCUGGCGUCUAAAGUUCCAACUGCUUUGCUGCUGCUGUCCCGCAACACCUGUCUCCGGAGUCGCUCCUUCCCCAUGUUUCGGGGCAGGAGUUCUGAAAGCAAAGAUCCGCUGGCCGGUAUCCCAUCAUGUCCGAACUGACUAAAGAGCUGGUGGAGCUGGUGUGGGGCACCAAGAGCAGUCCCGGUCUCUCUGACACCAUCUUCUGCCGCUGGACGCAAGGGUUUGUGUUCAGUGAAUCAGAGGGAUCUGCACUAGAACAGUUUGAAGGUGGCCCCUGUGCUGUUAUUGCACCUGUUCAGGCAUUUCUUUUGAAGAAGCUCCUGUUUUCUUCUGAGAAGUCUUCUUGGAGGGAUUGCCCAGAGGAAGAGCGGAAGGAACUCCUGUGUCACACCUUAUGUGAUAUUUUAGAAAGUGCCUGUUGUGACAACUCUGGAUCAUACUGCUUGGUUUCAUGGUUAAAAGGAAAGACAACUGAGGAAACUGCUAGUAUUUCUGGGAGUCCUGCAGAGUCCAGUUGCCAAGUGGAACAUUCUUCUUCUGCCUUGGCUGUCGAAGAGCUUGGCUUUGAGCGAUUUCAUGCAUUAAUUCAAAAAAGAUCAUUCAGAAGUUUAUCCGAAUUAAAAGAUGCUGUCUUGGACCAGUAUUCAAUGUGGGGAAACAAAUUUGGAGUAUUGCUUUUUCUGUAUUCUGUGUUACUGACAAAGGGCAUUGAAAACAUAAAAAAUGAAAUUGAAGAUUCAACUGAACCUUUGAUAGAUCCUGUGUAUGGACAUGGCAGCCAAAGUUUGAUUAACCUCCUGUUGACGGGACAUGCUGUUUCUAAUGUAUGGGAUGGUGAUAGAGAAUGCUCAGGAAUGAAACUUCUUGGUAUACAUGAACAAGCAGCUGUAGGAUUCCUAACAUUAAUGGAAGCUUUAAGAUACUGUAAGGUUGGUUCUUACUUGAAAUCUCCAAAAUUCCCUAUUUGGAUUGUUGGCAGUGAAACUCAUCUCACCGUAUUUUUUGCCAAGGAUAUGGCUUUAGUUGCACCUGAGGCUCCUUCAGAACAAGCCAGGAGAGUUUUUCAAACCUAUGAUCCAGAAGUUCUGUAUGUCAACUUAGCAGGACUCCAAGUUGAAUUAAGAAGAAAGCAAGUAAAACUUGUUCAGCUAUCUCAGAAAAGAAACUCUCACCUACAGUGGUUUGAAAAUGUUACAGUCAAAUGUUUGGCCCCAGACUCUUCACAAGCUGUUUCUCGCCCUCUGCUAGUUCCUGACGUUUGCUUUCUUCUCGAAGCACCCAGUUUAGCUCGCGCCCCGGCUAAAAGAGACCCGACAGGCUUUUCCCCUUCAGGUGCUCCCUUGUAUUCAGAACGGACACCGUCACCGGUACUUCUCUCCGUAAAGUCUAGCUCUGAUUUCUGCAGAAUGAUGGGAUGGUUUUCUUUCCCAGGAAAUGACAAACUCACUGCACUGUGUUCACUCCCCUGCAUUGCUAAGCCUUUGCACUGAGGUGUUUCUCCUCUCAGCCUCUAGGAGCUUGGCAGUUCUCACAGUUUGUUUCCUGGUUUGAAAAACAAAACAACACAGAUUUAUUUUUAAACAAACAGCUUUUUUCCUCUUUUUCAAGUGUUUUAAAACACAAUUUAACUGCAUUCAAUUUUUACACAGUAGCUGCACACCAUUAUAACUGCUGUGCCUUCGUUAGUCCUCCCUCUCAGAGUCCCUGUUCCUCUAAGCCUGUCAAAGGCUGUUUCAUAUUCAUUGGUUAACUUACCAAUGCGUCCAAGUUCUGUGUUUUCUUUUAGUGAUUCCUAGGUCUGCUGACCAGUCAACAAUUGUACUCUUUGAUUUCCUCUGCUGUUUUUUGCUGUGUAUUAAGGUCUUUAUCAUCAUUGUGUCUGUAUUUCCAUAUUCUCUAAGGAAUCGGUUGACUAAAUACUAGUUUCAUCUGGUUUUAGGCUUAAUGAUUCUGUUCUUUUUCAAGAAUUUUAUUAAGAAUUUUUCCUGAUAGGUAUGAUUAAAAAAUAAAGUAACAUCAAAAUAAAUGUUUCAAAGAGGUAAGCAGUUUCCAGAUCUCCUCUUUUAAUCUUGGGUAAAGUCUUGGAGGUACUGAGAAAAUGAUAUUACAAUCUUUAGUUAUAAAAGACUGUGUGUACAAAAUGUGCUGGUUUAGUAUAGCUAUUGCUGCACUGUAGAGAAUGCUUACAAGUUGUAAAUCUCAUAGGUACCUUAAAAAUGUGUUGGAUCAUUUAAGCUUAAGAUUAAUUUUAUUUGAGGCAAGAAAGGAAUUUUGUUGUUUUCCUAGCUGUGGUUCAUGUCUUUAUUCAGCCACUUAGCUCUUUCUUGGGGGUGGGACCCAAGUCUCCGGCCACAAUGAGACUAGAUAAGGCUGCACUGUUCGAUACCCCCGAAGAACAGGUAAUGCACGCUGCUUCUGUCCAGCCAAGUGGAUGUCCAUGAUAGCCUGCAUACACAGAAGCUGUUCCAGAUCACUGUUCCUGCCUGCCAGUGGCCAAAUGAAGCCUGUUUUACUUUUAGAGAUGCUGAGCUUUUUGGCUGUGACUUAACUAAGCAAAAAUAUUUUCUAUGUUUCAAACUCAUCAAUAUUAGGUUUACAGAGCUUGAUACAAGUUCAUUAUUCAUUGUACCUUACACUAUUGGUAACUUGACAAAUUGGAAUUAUUCUAAGACUUCACUUUUUAAAAAUUGCACAUUUUUUACUACAUUAUUUUAUUGUACUUUUCUAU